AUGAUCGUGCAUCACUAUGGAUUUUUGGUUGACGAGUUAACCCCAAGUGUCGUCAAUAAGAUUGUAGGUUUUGAAGUGAUCCUUCGAUCUCUAGGUUGUAUACCCACUUUUUGGGCUUUCAGGAAUAGGUUUUGUAAAACACGAGACCUUCUUGACCGUUUUCCCAAGCUGUUCGAGAGUAACCUAACUCUUGGCAAACGGUUGGGAAGUAUUAUUGUUGUUGGAGAGAACUGGGAAGAUUUCAUUCUUGUUGCAGCCAAAAUGAGUGUUUCCUGGAGGGAUCGUGGGAAGAUGACGCAAUUAUGCACCGUGAGAUGCGGUAUUCACUCAUCUCCUUCUCCUCCCCCUUUUUUAGAGCAGGAGAAAAAGGAUGGGAGCAGGGUAUCUUUUUGGCUUCUUCUUGGUGGUAUUGGGGAUGUUCUCGGUGAAAAGUUUUUUGUGCUUGGGCAGAAAGAGGUAGUGGUGGUGUCUAGUUCUUCAAUGACAUCACCAUCGCCGUUUAUUGGCUCGCUCUUAGUAGAUCCUGGUUCCAACUUCAUGUUUGGGGGUGCACUGGGCUCACCUGGAGGUUCUUCCCAGUCAGAAAAGCCUUCUAUGGUUGAUGAAAUGAAAACUGCAUCUCACCUCUUAUCAUUUGAGGUAUAUGCCCCGGGUUGGCGAUUACUAGGGAUUCCUUACUAUCAGAAGACAUCACCGCCCAUGAGUGAAGUAGUUGUGCUCAUCCCCCGGCCACAAUGA